AUGGACGAAUUUCAGAAAUUUCCUGAACCGGAUAAUCCUACUAAUGCAUUUUCAUCGCCUGCACAUAUCGAAUCUGAAGCACCGGAUUCGAAGAGUACACUUGAAAAACUUCAAUCAAUAGAAGACGAUCUCAAUACGAUAAAAAACAUAUCUCAUCACACAAUCGAGAGUAAUCACGAUGCACAAGAGCAUACUUUUCAGAAUGAUAUCAAUCAGGAAAACAGCUUUUCCAUCGAUGAAUUAAUAAUAUCUUUCGAUGAUAACAAUGAAAUAAUGAAUAAAAAAUUAAAAUAUCUAGAGCUCGAAUGCGAAAGAGCUCAACAAAUAACGACACAUUUUCAAAAUCAAUUAAUUUCUCUGAAAAGUGUCGGUGAAAAAUUAGGUCGAUUUUGUCAUAGCUGUCGAUCUCUAAUUGUUUCUGCUAUGAAUAUUCGUCAAAAUACAAGCAUGUUCACUUGCCACGAAUUUGAAAUGUUGACAUUGUAUGCGCCGGAUUCAAAUUCUAUCACAUCCGAUAUUACUGACGCACUACUUGACAGACGAUCCGAUGAAAAUCUCGUAGAUAAUUAUAAGCAUCGACUAGAAUUUUCUCGUUCAAUAAUGAAUCUGUUUAAACAAGCCACUAAACUUCGACUGAAAAUCUCGACGUUAAAUGAUAUUUUAAUGAAAUCCGUUCUAUCGAAAAAUGAAUGCUUUAAUGAAAUCGAACAAACGCUGCGUUUACCAUCGAAUAUAUUUAAUAAAAAUCCUCUAUACGAACUAUUUCUCUAUGAAAUCACAACGGCAACUGUCAAACAAGAUGUUUAUAUUCGUUGUCUCCGUGGAGAAUUAACGCACAAUGACAUACACAUUAGUUGUACCGAAAAUUCAAAACAUUUACUAUCGCAAAUGGAUUAUAACGCAUGUGAAAAAUAUUCGCACAUAUUCGAUAUUGAAUUCAAACGAGCGAUUACGUCUAUUGAUCAAUUAACUAUAGCAUUACCUUGCUGUGCCUUACCUGAUACACUGCUGCAAUCGCAACAAAAAAUUUACGUUCGAUGCAAGCGCAUCAUGGAUCCAUUAAUUCAUAUUCCGGCAAACAUAGAAACAUACAAUGAUGUUUCCUAUGCUGUCUUUCGUAUCUCACAAUCGUUGGGAGCGAUUUCUGUCGAAGCUGCUCUUUUCUAUCCAUUUGAAGUGUUACACGUAUCGCCUGACAGUUCAUCUUCUGUCUAUACAAGUGAAUAUUCAUCGAUAUUUCAUAUUGAAACGCCUAAAAAUUAUUUCACUCGUCCUCCACGAAUUCGUAUAAUACCAUUCAACAAUGAACUAAUUCGAUGUAUGACUGCUCUAAAAAGUGAAGAUCAACUGUUGGCUUCAUCGGAUUUAAUAGAAUUUGAAUGGUAUAAAGAAUCGAAAACCGAAGGCAUCAUAACUAUGACAGUUCAAUUGACUCGAUAUUUUAAUGUAUUCAAUGAAACAGAUGAUGACCUACAGAAACGUCGCCGAAAAGCUCAACAAAAAAUUCUUGUACAGCGUAGAAAAUUUGAACAAGAAAAAUACGAUGAAGCUGGCGGCUCAUUAAAUGCAACCCCAACAUCAACGAAUCGAUUGAAUUCACCGUCGGUGAUGUCCCAAUUGCCAAGUAUAGCAGCUAUUCUCGACCAAGUGAAGAUAAAUAAUCAAGAAAAUCUUAUUAAAACAAAAUUUACUAUCAACCGGGAGGAUAUUUCUCAAGCGGGAACAUCGAAAAAGUCACCAUUCAAUUGGAAACUUGAUGGUUUUAAAAAUGAAAAUGCUCCUAUUAUAUUACUUGGUUAUAAAAAUCGAAAAUGGAAAAAUUGUAAUAAUUUCGCCACUAUUGCACGAAUAGCUGAUAAAGACAUUUACAUGAUCAAUUUAACAGCACUACUCGAUCGAAUCAUUCUUAUUCGUUGUUGGCCGGAAUCAACGAAUGAAGGAAAAUUUGAUAAAUUAGCCGAGAAUCUUUGGUCAUUAACGUCAGCAAAAUUAUUUUCUUGUGUUCUAGCUCGAGAUCCAUCAUGGGCUAAUUCGUUUGGUCAUUAUGCACUUAUGAUUGUACCGGUGCAAGAUCAACGAUUAGCCGAAGAUAUUCUUCGCAAACGAAAUUAUACCGAAAAUAUUUUUGACGAACAUUUAUUUAAUGAUAGUGAGAGCAAAACACAAUUACAGAAAAUAAAUCAGCAUCAAUCACAUCAUUCAUUAUCAAUACGGAAUUCAUUUCGGAGCAACGCAAAAUAUGUUCAAUUUUGUCUAUCCGAAGGAGCUUGUGUAAGAAUUAGACCUAUGGGUAAUAUUGACGUGCAUGAAAAGGUCGAUUUAAGUUUUCGACUACACGCUCGAUAUCCUGUUGUUGUUGAAUUCGACAUUUAUCCAAUUGAUAUUUAUCGUCAAAAGACCGAUGAUGAUUUUAUUGGAACACUCAAUCUCUACGAAAUAAAUGCACAUAACACCACUGUUGGAUCGACGAGUAGUACACUUACCGCGACGGUUGUCUCUUCGAGAACGUCAUCGGAUUUGAAAGAUAUUGACACAACGGAUAGUAUACCAAAUAAUUCAUCGCCACGAGUGUCUUUCAGUGGGCCGGAAACAAUAAGUAAUACUGGAGGUACAAGUGGCCGAUCGGGCUUUGAACGGUUAACAGCUCGGGAUCUUAAUGAUGCAAAUAUUAUAUGUGCUAUUCGUAUUCGCUUACCGAAAGCUGCUUUUCAAUUGCCAUCUUCACAAUCGCAAAUGAUUCCAUUUAGUGUACCGAACUUUUUUACGGCAAGACAAUCACCGUCAAUUGCCUGGCUAAAUAUUUUUUGUUAA